UAUGGAACUUUACAGAGAACCAUCAGAUAAAUAUGGAAACUUCAUGAACGGCACGUGGGAUGGCAUAAUAGGAAUGGUGCACAGAAAUGAAGUAGACUUUCUUAUGAACCCUGUCGUACCAAGAGAGCCAGUUUUAGAAUUCUCUUACUUUACAAAUCCAAUUACAAUUGAGGCUUUCAGUGUGCUUUCUGGAAAAGAAAAAAAGGAAGCUGGAUUAUUUCUUUAUUUCAGCGUGUUAGAUAAAUGGGUGUGGAACGGAAUUUUGAUCGCUUUUGUCGUCGUAGCUCUAACUUCUGCCAUACUAUACAAGAAAAUAGUUCAGCCAGCUGAUAUUAACUGGAUAAGAAUUUUCAGUCAAUAUAUUUGGCUUUUAUUUUCAUACAUGUUACGACAAAGAAAUUUAGUUAUACUGGUAUGUUCUCAUUACAAUCCUGCUUGGACAAAACAUGGAGAAAAAUGCAUCUUUUCAAGGUUUAAAGCAAAGAGAGGCUUGGUUAUUAAGGCUACAGUUAUAUUAGAUAUAUUGGUUAAUGUUCUUGCUAACUCUGCCACUUUCUUCCUGUGUGCAACAUUUUACGGAAGGCUAAAUGACGUUAUUAUCUAUCAAAGCGAGUCUUUACGUAAAACUAGGCCUUGUUUGAUGUACAAGAUCUUGCCUUUUUGUUGUUAA